CAGCUGACUGUGCGCUGGGUUGGAGCGAGUGACUGCUAUCUGUUUCGAACAGUUAGAAACCUGAUAGCGAACAGAAUCGUCAGACAGCUCUCUGAAUUCUAGCAGUGUUCGGCCACUGAUAAUCAUUCACAGCGCAACAUGGCUGAGACGGACCCCAAGUCGGUGCAGGACCUUACCAAUGUGGUCCAGACUCUGCUGCAACAGAUGCAGGACAAGUUCCAGACCAUGUCAGACCAGAUCAUCGGCAGGAUUGACGAGAUGAGCACGCGAAUUGAUGACCUGGAGAAGAACAUUGCCGAUCUAAUGACCCAGGCGGGUGUUGAAGAGAUUGAAGCGGCACCGGAAAAAGCUAAAGAGGGUCAAGGCUCAUAAUGAAGGUUCCUAAGUAACAUGGCGUGAAGUCGGUCCUACAUUCAGGAGCAGCGGACUUUUCCAUUCUGAAAAAUGACUUCUAUUGAUUUGGUGUGUUGUAGUGUGAAAUGCUUUUUUAUAUAUUGAAUAUUGUGAUAAACGGUUACAGUUGUGUAAUGACUUGAAAAGUUGAACGUUAUUUGUAAGUUAGAAUAGUGUGAUGUGCCCUUCAGAACCUAAAAUGCUCACGUGCAGGAAUGCAACUAAAUGGAUUUUGUGCACCGAGCAGACGGUGCCAGCAUAUAUCAUAAUAAUCAAUUCAAUCCUGUGAGGUGAUGGCUGAUGGGGACAGUUCUCCCUCUAGCCUUUGCCAAGAAGUACAACUCAGCAGGCUAACAGGCCAGUACAACCGCCAUCCCUCCCAACAUGGGACACAUCUGAAGCCUGAACUGUUUUACAAACAGCAGUGUUAUUACCAAGCUGUGGGAUGCAUUCCAAUUCUGAUUUUCUUCUAUUAAAGCUAUUUAAUACUA